AUGUCCCAAAAUUUUACUCCCAUACACACUAUUAAUCCGUCCAUAGAAAACCUAACGAUACAAGCAAGGGUUAUCCGACUAUGGACAGUUCCUGCCUUCAAUAAUCCGAGUGAAAGAUAUACUAUUGAAAUGGUUUUACUAGAUGCAGAGGAAAAAAAAUGGAGUUGCACUUUGUGGAAUCAAUAUGUUGAUCAAUUGACAGAAUACUUAUCUAAUCAUCCAAAUUGUCAAGUUGUUGUUGCCAUCCAGUAUGCAAAAAUCAAGACUUUUCAUGGUGUUGUUGGAAUAUCGAGUUCCCUAUUUGUGAUUAGACUCCAUAUAAAUACUGAUAUUGCAGAGAUAAAUGACUUUAAAGAGAGGUUUGCAACUGUGUGA